ACGUAGACGGCGCCCGACUAUGCCAGCGUGGCUGAUCCGCAAGCAGCGCUGCGUAGCGGCUAUGGUGGUACGGAAUCGCCGUGAUCACCAUAGUUGCACGCCGAUGCUUGUUGAUUCCGUCCUUGCUGUCUGACCAGCCUCGCUCAUCGUGAUUUCUCCUUCUCCACACGUCUCACGUACAUCUCCUGUGGAUUCCACGGAGAGUGGGUGUGUUACACGAAGUUGCCUCCGACUUUUAGCAGGAGAAGUUCCGAAAGUGAAGAGACGAGAUGGGAUCGGAAUGUGAAUUUGCGCUUAAGUCGCAUUCGGCGAUUGAGAGAGGAAAGCCGUUCCUGCUCAUCAUCAUGGACGGCUGGGGAGAGAAUUUGGAGGAUGACUACAAUGGCGUAUACAUGGCGGGAACAGGCUUCCUGAAAUCGUUAAAGGCGGGGUAUCCCGAUCGCUGGAGGACCAUCAAGGCGCACGGGACUGCUGUCGGUCUUCCCAGCGACGCCGACAUGGGGAACAGCGAAGUCGGGCACAAUGCAAUGGGUGCUGGCAAGGUCAUCAACCAAGGGGCUGCGCUUGUGGACACCGCUCUGGCUAAUGGUAACAUCUUUACGGAUGCCGGUUUCGAGUAUAUCAAGGAGGCCUUCGACAACGGGGGCACGCUCCAUCUGAUCGGGUUGCUGAGCGACGGUGGGGUUCACUCCCGCUACGAUCAGUUGGAUCUUUUCAUGAGAGGCGCACACGAGAGGGGUGCGAACAAGAUUCGUGUGCAUCCUCUCACGGACGGUCGCGACGUACCCGACGGCUCGUCUGUGCAAUUCGUCGAGCAGCUUGAGAAGGAUCUCGCGGAUUUGCGCGCCAAGGGAUGUGAUGCAAGGAUAGCCUCCGGCGGUGGCCGCAUGCAUGUAACCAUGGACAGAUACGAGGCGGAUUGGAAGAUUGUCGAGCGUGGCUGGCACGCGCACGUGCUGGGCGAAGCUCCUCACAAGUUCCAGAGCGCUUUGGAAGCCCUCGUGGAGUUGAAGAAGGCGGAUCCUAAGGUCAAUGACCAGUACUACCCUCCUUGGGUGAUCGUGGACGAGGACGGCGAGGCUGUGGGUCCUGUGCAGGAUGGAGAUGCCGUUGUCAUUUUCAACUUCCGCGCCGAUCGAGUGGUGGAGUUAAGUAAAGCGUUCGAGUAUCCUGACUUCGACAAAUUCGACCGGGUCAGGUACCCUAAAGUCCACUUCGUCGGCAUGAUGCAAUACGACGGCGAUCUUAAGCUGCCGGCGAGGUACCUCGUAACCCCUCCAGUCAUUGAAAAGACAUCAGGAGUAUACCUUGUCAAGAACGGUGUCAGGACUUUCGCCUGCAGUGAGACGCAGAAGUUUGGCCACGUGACGUUUUUCUGGAACGGUAAUCGAUCCGGAAAGCUUGACGAUAAGCUCGAAACGUAUUUCGAGGUCCCAAGCGACCUGUGCCCAUUCAACGAGAAGCCGCUGAUGAAAGCCAGGGAGAUUCGGGAUGCGGCCAAAGCAGCUAUACUGUCGGGGAAGCACGAUUACAUUCGUAUCAACUUCGCCAAUGGGGAUAUGGUGGGCCACACGGGUGUCUUCGAUGCCGUACUCGACGCUUGCUCGGUUGUCGACGAGUGUGUAAAGGAUCUUGUGGACGCAAUCGACAGCGUAGGUGGCUCCUACAUGAUUACUGCCGAUCAUGGGAACGCGGACGACAUGGUUCAGAGGAACAAGAAGAAGGAACCUCUUCGUGACGAGAAUGGGAAUCCGCUGCCACUUACCUCACACACUUUGGCACCGGUGCCUGUCAUGAUCGGUGGUCCAGCUCUGCCCUCCAAUGUGCGCUUCAGGAGGGAUCUCCCCAAGGCUGGUUUGGCUAAUAUUACUGCGACCUUCAUGAAUAUGUUGGGCUUUGAGGCCCCCUCCGAUUAUGAACCGACUUUGCUUGAAGUUGUUAGCGUGUAGGUGUAUUUGUUUGUAUAUCAUGUCGUGCACAGAUGAACGAGCUGUUCGAUCUGCUCUCCCUGUUUGCUUGGUCGACUGCUGCGGGAGGAGCGUACAAUUCCUUCAGGUUAGGUGAGAGCUUGUUUCCAGUAGAUAUGGAGAAUGAGAGGGAGGGAGUAUUUCUUGCAGCUCCACAUUACAUGCCUUCAAAUCUGAAAUUUGUGAAUUGUUUUUUUUUUUAAUGUUGUUCCUAUAGUGUUAUAUGCCUGAUGAGUCGCUUAGCUGUGUUAUGGGAAGCUGUGGUUAUGUUGUGACAAAUGUGUCAGUGAGGCAGGCAUUCAAUGCUCUGCUCGAGGUACUCCGGUUGCCUUUCAUCCUGUGCUGGGUGCAUCGUUGGCUGUGUGUUGGCCAGAAACACGUUUUUUUUGGAAGGCCUGGGAACUGUCUUUGUCUCAUUAUAAAUGCCUGCUCUUGCAGUCCAAUGCUGAUGUGAUGGGCCUUGUCAUUCGGGUGUGCUUUAUACCCUUGGCUGUGCACGUUUUUCUACACUAUAAUUUGAGAAAUCUAACAUACGGGCUGUCUGUCGGCCCUGAUUGUGGCGCGAUCUGAAGCUUUUAAGAUUGUGGGACGAUCUGGGCCGUCCCUUGGGUACCACAUGGCCAACGGGUUGCAUGGCACAAACCUUUUUCUUUUUUUUUUUUUCUUUUUUUUUUUGCACAAACCUUUUAUACCAAUGCUCUAGUUCAAGAUUCUUAAGCAGUAUUACUGGCACUGGCGCUGUAGAACUGUCACUUCUGUAAAAAGAUCAUGAGAGAGAGAGAGAGAGAGAGAGAGAGAGAGAGAGAGAGAGAGAGAGAGAGAGAGAGAGAGAGAGAGAGAGAGAGAGAGAUGCUGCAAGCCAUCCUCAUAUUAGUGCUGAGUCUGCUGACCACAAUGACUAUUACAACAAUGACUAGCUCUAGUGCUAAUAAAUUAAUAACUACUAU